UUCUGUUGGUAACAAUGUGAAUGAUACGAAAAUGAUAAUAGGCUCUAAAACUUUAGAAUUUAGGUCAAAAAUAAAUUACAUGAUUAAUCUAUUCUUAUAUUUAAUCUGUGGUUAUGUAUCGCACAUAAAUGCAAAAUGAAUGGCAUGAAUCGUGUCGAUUUAAAAGUGGUUUUAUUGGGUAAUGCAGCUGUAGGAAAAACAAGCCUCGUGGAACGUUUCGUAAAUGAAAGGUUUAACGAAAGUCUAUCUUAUCAAAAUACUAUAGGCGCUGCAUUUGCAGCUAAGCAAAUGCAAGUCAAUGGGAAAAGGCUUAUCAUGGGAAUAUGGGACACAGCAGGCAGUGAAAAAUAUGAUGCUAUGAGUAGAAUAUAUUACCGCAGUGCAAAAGCUGCUGUUAUUUGUUAUGAUAUCACAAAAUCAAAUACAUUUCAAAGAGCAAAAUUCUGGGUAAGAGAACUUAGAAGUGUUGAAGAAGGAUGUAAAAUAUACAUUUGUGCUACAAAAAAUGAUAUCUUAGAGCACGGUGCAGUUCCAUCUCCUGAUAUUAGUGUAGUAGAAGCAUAUGCUACAGGAAUUCAAGCUAAAUUUUUUAUUACAUCUAGUAAAACUGGAGAAAAUCUGAAUUAUUUAAUGAAAUUGCACAAGACUUUAUAUCUGAUCCAAAUAAUGUAGAAAAAAUUGAAGAGACAAUUGAAAUAACUAAUGAAUCCACAACUAAAGCAAUGUAUUGUUGUCAUUGAAAAUAUCAAAAUCAGUAUUAAAAAUUAUCACAAUUUUCUUAUAUAUUUAUCAUAUUUUAUAUUAUUUUAUACAAGUGAAUAUCACAAAUGUAAAUUGAUGCGGUAUACUGUAACUUGAUAUAUUAUUGAAUGUAAAUGUAAGAAAAUUCUUGCCCUUGAAGAUUAUUUUUAAAUAUACUCUAUAUUUUACUCUGUAUUUUAUUUUCCUUUGAUGUAUUUCUUAUUUGUUUUUUCAAAUAUGUAUGUUCAUAUUUAAAUAUAUUGUAGAAUGAAAAUUAUUAUUUCUAAAUUCUAAUUACUUCAAUUCAAAGGCAAAAUUCUUAUCAUAAACAUGCUUUUCUAUUAACUGUAAUAUCAAUAUAAAAUACUAUUAUCUUUCCAUUUUCAUAAUAUGUGAAAAAUUCAAUAUGACGUCAAUACUCACUUUUUGAGAUCUGUAAUAAAAGAUUAUAAUGAAUGAAAUGUAAUUUAAAAAAAAUUUCAAAAAUUUAUUUACUAAUAUAAUAUAUCAUGAAUAUACGAAGGAUUAAUGCAAUUAUAAUAAAAUAAUUAUUAAUUUUAAAUAAAACUAUUAAAUAAAAUUACCUUCUGUCAUUUCUUGUUCUAUUUCAAUCAUGUAAUAGUAUUAUUUAAUUAGAUAUUAACUGUGAUUUGUAUUUAUAAACAUAUUUUUUGUAACAUUAUGGUGGUAAAUUUGAAAUGCAAAUUUCUCUAACUUUUUCGUACACACCAAAAAAUAUGAAUCCGCUAAUUGUAAAACCACCGACUCUUGGUAGAAAGCCUGCAAAAAGUCUAAAGAUAUUUAUCGAUUAUUGUUUGUAGCAUAAUAAAAAAUAUAACUUAACAAAGAUUCAUUAUGUACCCUCUAAAACCAUAAUUGCAAUAAACUUUUUUUAACAUCA